GAGUUUGUUGGCUAUUAUAAUAGAAACAAAUGUGCGCAGUAAGAUGUUACAACAAAUCAUAAAUGCAACUGGAGAUUAAAUGUCGUGCUCAUUCGCUUAGCUCGUAUAAUAACCGUACGGAGAAUCCAAUCCAGAGAUUUAAAGGUUCAUUUUAAGGGUUUAGCAAAUCAGAAUGUAAGGGUCGCGACUACAACAUGUUUUUUCCCAAAACUUUUCCAAACACUUGCUAGUAUGCGGAACCUGCUUUGUACUGAGGGUGCACUCGAUAAUAAAAUCUGAGUAAACAGGCGAUGUUAGAGAAAUGCAUCCCUUUUGUUCGUAGGUCUCGGUAAACUUUCUGUCCAUGCGUCGCCGUAUAAUAAGGCGCAAGUUACUAUAAGUAUUCUUCAGUCGCCUUGCAGAUUGCUUGUGUUUUGAUAAGAACUUUAAACUUAUACGUUUUGCCGAGUUAUUGUGGACGGAGUUUAGGAUAAAGGCUGGACGGGUCUCGUUUUCAAGUUACCGUGAGACGACACGAAAGUGCUUGAGGUGUGGAGCCCUGUGUAAUGUUAUACUUCAUUUUCGAAAUCCGAUGCGCGUAAUCCAAGCCUUUUUGGUGUUAGAUGAGAAAAAGUUCUUGCCAAGAAUGGAAACACCUUUGGAUGUUCUGUCAAGAGCGGCAUCUUUAGUACAUGAUGACGAGAAACGUGAGGCGGCUCUGAGGGGCGACCCCAGGAUGCAGCCGAUAUCCAUGUCGUCGGCCAUCACCAACCACAGGACCGGGCCUCCUCCUAUCAGCCCCAGCAAGAGGAAGCAUAUCGGGGACCAAGUGGACAACGACAUUGACUGCGACAAUGAGCAUGUGGCGAAGAUGAGCCGACUGUUUGUGGCACAGCUAGGGAAGCCAACCAACGGCGACUUCCGCAAGGACCCCCGGGAUCGCAGCCGCAGCCCAGUGGAGCGCGCUGCCAUGCCGCAUCUGAGUCUCCAUGGCAACCACGUCUACAGCCACUUGACCGGCCUGGCAAUGGACCAGCCCCUUGCACUGACCAAAAACAGCGUGGACGCCGUCCGUGCUGUGGCCGUUCCGCCCACCGUGCCUGCAGUGGAGCGUCAGCAGAACCGCCCCUCAGUCAUCACCUGCGCUUCUGCUAACAACCGCAACUGUAACCUGUCACACUGCCCCGCCUCUCACACCAGCUGCUCGUCCAGCAUGCUGCUGAACUACCGACGGCCGCCCAACACCAACACAGCCUGCGACCCCGUCAUCGAGGAGCACUUCCGCCGCAGCCUGGGCAAGAACUACAAGGAACCGGAGCCGGUGACCAACUCUGUGUCCAUCACAGGCUCGGUGGACGACCACUUCGCCAAGGCGCUGGGCGAGACCUGGCUGCAGAUCAAGGCCAAGGGCAGCAGCUCUGGCAGCAGCCCCGAAUCGUCCCCCUCCAGCCACAUGGUCAACCACAGCCACUCCCCAUCCGUGGCAUCCUGAAGGGGAGCGCGAGCCUGCCACGCCUCCCUCAGCUGAGCUCAGAACAAUGCUAGCAGAUAGUUGUGUACAUAAGGAUGGAGAGGGCAGGAGCUUUUGGCCUUUAUUUUAGCUUUUUAUUUUGCGUUUGCAUAUGUGCUUGGCAUUUGCAUUAUCCAGUGCCCGACGUCAUGAUAAAAUAAGCAGGAACUUAAUAUUAGGAGUUGCAUCUCAUAGCUUCCUACCGCCUGCCUCUGUUACCAAAGAAACCUCUGAUGCAAAUCUGUCCCCCCCCCCCCACCCCCUUAAAGGAAAGCCAUUCUCCCAGUGCCUUCCCCUCACCAGCCGUUAGUCUCCCUGCACCCGCAUACUCACCCCAUCCCCCCAUUUCUUUAGUAUUUGGACGUCUCAAAAACUUGAGGAGGAAUUCCCAGGCUGCUUUGCACUGUUGGGCUGAGGGCUUGAGGCUGCCCAUCUGUCUCACAUGACAUAGCUGGCCUUGUGUUCGGUGGGCAAACUGCCGACAGUUGUGGUAAAGCUGCUCAGUCGGUUACAUCCUGGCGAAUUGGGGCUGGGGGCGGGCAUUAGCCCCUGAGUGCUACGUCCUGCCUGUAUUAUCCCCACAUCAGCCGGUGCUGUCAACUGGACUGCGUCACUCUGAAAAUGGGCAUUUCAUAGUUACAUAUUUUUUGUCUCUCCCAACCACCCAACCCCACCCCCAAGCACUGUGGUUUGCAUAGAUAAGUUUGGAAAGGUAAAAUAGUUCUUACUGAUGCAUGUUUUAAAUAGCUGGUAUCUAUUAAUGUAUAGACAUUUCAAUCUUAAUACUAUUAGCCUUUCCUCAGAUUUAGUUUAUUUUUGUCAGUAACAGUCCUAGAUAUACUUACUGCUGGUACAGUUGUACUCAUAUAUAUAUAUAUAUAUUUUUUUUUUGUCUGAUAUUCAUUAUGGUAGACGCCAGCAACAGAGGAUAGCCUCCGGACAGGCCUACUACACAUAAACAAGUCAAUGUAAUGUUAAUCCGUGGUACAGGAUGCUAUAGCUUUUUUUUUUUUGCAUGACUGAAUAAGAGAAAUACUUACUCAGCUGUAGACUGGUUGACCCUGAGAGUUGACCAUCUCCCUAAUAUUUUUUUAAUAUUUCAUCUACUCCUCUAAACAACUUUGCAUGUAGCAAAUGGCUGCAAAUUUUUAUUUUUUUUUAAUUUACCAACCUGUAUCAACGCAACGUACAUUCCUCCUAUAGGGAACUUUGUACAGGUGUUAUUCCCCCCCCCCCUCCCCCCCUCCCCCCCUCCCUCAAUAAUAGCUACUAACUGAAAACUAAGAGGGUAACAUGGAAGUGGAGCCUGGUGCAGCUUGGGUGAAAGCGUGUUUGCUUCCUCCAGAAGCCGCGCGCUCGUACAUUCCGUCACCUGUCACUCGUCACACUCAUUAACCCCUGGAGAAAUUGACUGGCCCUUGAACGCAGGCGCUCGCUGCUAGAUGGUUCGUUUAUCUGGGUACAGGUUUAAACAGAAUUAGUUCUCACUUUCUGGAAACCCUUUUAAGAUGAGGGAGAAGCUAAAGUCCAUUUUAGGCUCUCCUAAAUAUCCUUAAACACAUGCACGAAUAUCCCACCAUUGUCAUGUAUACAUUUCACUACUAGUUCACUAGGUAGGACAUUCUUUCUGCUUGGCAUACAAUACCCUACACACUGUAGGAAAAUCACUUAAUAAAAAAAAUACUUUUUUUAUAUAGGUAACUAUAAGACCAUCAUUACGCUGUGCGUAACGAAUGUACAGAGAAAAAAAAUCGUAGGUAUUUUUUGAGGAACAAUUAAUUUGUUAAUGAUAUGUAGCUAUUUAAUUUUCCCUGUCCUUUAUUGUAAUCAUGCAUUUUUUUCAAGAAAAAGUUGAUCUUUUUUGUUUGUAGAGUUGUCUGUUUUAAGGUUUUAAAAAGUGCAGGAACACAGUUAUUCUUUAAACACUGCGUUAAUAUAGCCACUCGUUUGUAAUUGCUGAAAGGCUACUGAGCGGUUUCAGAGCAGUACGGAGCACAGAUAAUGAGCUCUGGUGUUUGUCAGAUGUCAGAACAAGUGUUCAUUUUGAUAAUGAUGGACCUGAGAUGGGCGUCCACACCGUUCAGGUCCAAUACAGUGCUGAACAUGACCAUAUUUAAAUAGAUCAGUGGAAGACUUGCUGUGCUUCCAGAAUUUUUUUUUUUUAAAUAACAUUUAUUCACUUGGAGUCGGCAUCAAUGGUGGACUUCUAGAUGCUCAAAAUGGUUUGUAAAUCUGUAUUAUACCCUUGUUUCGUGGCCUUGUGCAAAAAAAGGUUCUGGCAGGCCACCUUUUUGUACUUAAAAGUAGCCUUAAAGAACAAUAAAGUGCUCUUAAAUCAC